AGCCAAGAGUUCCUGUCUGAGGUGGGAUUGAAAAUGUGACUUUACAGAUAAUUUCUACUUCUGGCAUGGGGGAUCAGGCUGCAGCUUUAUCCCUUUUGCUGUGACAGAGGCGUGCACAGCUCUGAUGAUGCAGAAUGCUCCGAAGUCGUGUGGCCAGAAAGACCUGAGGUGCCUGUUAUCUCCAUGCCUGUAAAUCUUCCACCAUGCUUCUCGAGUAGUCUACCACUGCUUGCUCUCUGCACACCUCGCGAGCAUCUGUCCGUGCAAAGCAAGCAGACCAAAGCGCUGUUAAGGAGUGGGAGUGCCAGCGCUGAUCCUUGCUUUAAUGCCUUUUUGAUUUUCUUUUUCUCCUCAUAGAAAAAACCUGUGUGUCAGAAGGUGCAUUGCUGGAGCCUUACCCAUUGCUAAUCUUUAUCUGAAGACCUUACCGCUUUGUACUUCCUAGAAUUAAAUGCAGCUACAUCAGGAGACUGAAUGUUCCAGUCCAUGCAGAUUAAACCUUCUUUUCAUCCUUUGGAUCUCAACGAUGUUUGUGUGCUCGGGUUACCCAAUUGUCCCUUCCAUGAGCAGCAAUCCUUUUUAUUUGAAUUGCCAACUGUAUGGAAAAUCUGAUUACUGCCUCGUCCUGCUGAAUAGCUGCUUAGCCAAGGUGGGCAGGAGCGAAGAACUGGCUCUUUUAAAGCCUUACCUGGAGAUGCCUAUCAAUAAACGGUCCUUUCGCAAUGGUGUUGGAUCAGGAAUUAAAAAAACUUCCUUUCGAAGAGCAAAGUCAUAAACAAGUGUUCCAAACCGUACUCUUGAUUUUAGCAUCUGAUGCUUAACUUUGUGCUUAAAAUCAUUUUAAUGCUUUUCUCUGAUAAAGCUAACAGAGACAAAUGUACCCGUGUCUUCAUCUUGUAAACAGAUGUUUAUUUCAAAGAGCACAAGCCAAGUGGAGCAGAUGGAAUUGCUCAGAACGGGCUUUGUUUCCAAAGUUACAGUAUCAUAAAGUUUUGUAUGGAAAUGAAUGUUUUCAUUCAGUUAAUUCCCCUUCUUUGUAAAGCUACAGAUUUAAUCAGCUUGCUCUUGAUUAAUACAAAAAUAGCCGUGUGCUUUGCCUGUCAGGGCGCACGCAGCCUGCCUGCAGCACCUACGGCAUUGUUACCAUCACCUGCGCCCCGCAUCCCUGUCCCAAACCCCAUUUUCUUGCAGACAGCUGCCCCGCCAGCCUUAGUGCACAUUUAAAGGACAUCUAAUUUCAGAUUUCCAAAAGGUAUGAAGGGCCACUGGUGAAAGACAGAAUCUGGCCCUGCUUGUAACUUCUUGUUUCUUUUUAAUAUAGUUAUUUAAAAUGACUUUACAGGGGAAUAAUCUCUUGAUAUGUGUCAUCUCAUUUCCAGAAGAGUCCUGGGAAAUCACUGUAAGGCAGGGUAUCAGUGCAGCUCCCUUUGCCUCAGUUAAUUGACUUAGGUAGGCAAUGCACAUCUGAAAUCAUGAAAAACAUGAAAUGAGCCAAAUGCGGUUUCUGCUCAUCAGCUGAAGUUGUGGUGCAGUGAUUAACAACGUUCUUUUUAAAUUUCCUGUUAAGAAUAGUAACUAAAAAAAGGAGAGUAAUUUGGUCUGAAAAUAUGUGUUGUGUGCAGGAAAGGUCAUCUGCUGAGUUACGUACAUGUGAGUUUUACCUUGUGGCUAUCUCCUCCUACGAUCCGUAACCUUGCUUUGAAAAUGUUGCAGUGUCCAUGCAAUGCAUUUUGAAUUCAAAGCUA